AUGUCUUCCGUCACGACAAACCUUCCUUUACAAUAUCAACGCGAGAUACUAGAUGAAGUUUUAGCUGAAGAUGGUUUCUUAAUUCUAAGUCGUGGUUUAGGCUUAAGACAUAUAAUAUGUGCACUCCUCAAAAUAUAUUCUCAUACAAAUCAUUUAGUGAUUUUGUUAAAUACUCCUGCACAUGAAGAAAUUAUCAUCAAGGAACAACUCGCAGAAAUAGGUGUUAGGAAACCUGGGCUGAGGGUUGUGAACAAUGAGAUGGGUAUCAAAGAAAGAUCUGAAUUAUAUCUCUCGGGUGGUAUCAUGUCGAUUACCUCUCGAAUUCUUAUAGUGGACUUAUUGACAAAGCGAAUUCCUUCAUAUCUUAUUACUGGAAUAUUAGUGAACCAUGCAGAGAGGGUAAAUGAAACAUCAAUAGAGGCAUUCAUAUUGAGAGUAUAUAAAGAGGAAAAUCAGGCAUGCAGUCCUUUAUGUGAAGGAUUUAUUAAAGCAUUUUCAGAUUCACCUGAAUCCUUUACUGGUUUUUCACCAUUACAAACAACUUUACAGUAUCUUCAAUUACGCAAAAAGAAAAAUAAUUUUAAUUCAUUUUUAAGUUAUCAUGUGACUAUACGUGAGUGCCUUGAAGAACGAAAGAUCGAAGUGAUUGAAUUAUAUCAAUCCAUGUCCAAUUCCAUGCGUGAGAUACAAUCAGCUAUCCUUGAGUGUAUAGAAGCUUGUGUAGCAGAACUUAGAAAGACAAAUAUUGCUUGGUUAGACAUUGAAGAUUUAACU